AGCCAGGAAGAUCCCCAUCAUCAUCCGCAGGUACCUGCCUGAUGCGAGUUAUGAGGACUGGGGCAGUGACGAGCUCAUCAUCACAGAUUAAACUCAUAGCUGAAUACAGAAAUGUGCUGAUUGACAGCCGUCACCGCUUUAGGUCAGUCAGGGUCAUGAGGCUGAGGCAGGAAUCACACCGCCAGUCCAUCUGAGCAAUCAUAUGGGUUUCCAGCUGUUAACUUCAACUUGAAAACCCAUAUUGAUCUUGUGAUUACACCGCAGCUGUCCGGGGAAACAUGAGCCCAUCAAAUGUUCUGAACGGACACUAGAAAAUUCAUAACAAAUCUGUGUGCCCUCCAGGUUUUUGAUCAUGUGAUCCAUUUUUUGUCACUCCACAAAAUUUAAAUUCAAAGUUUGUCGAGGGUUCUUGUUUUAUUUCUUUAACAGCUGCAUUAUAACGAUGAGCCACUCGGGGGAGAUGUAACGUAAGGCAUUCAUUUACUUUGUGUUACAAAAUCAACCUGUGUUGUAAUUAUUCAAUCUGUUGUUUUGAAGGAGAGGGGAUUAGUGUUAAAGAACGGUUUUAUUCUUGUUAAUAAAACUCUUUGUAUAAAUGAC